GAGAACGUAUUCGUUUUUGAAUUUCAUAUUCGUAGCGGGUACGACACCGUCAUGUUCCGUACGCUCCAUCUGUAUAUUAUUGAUUAAUCUGUGUUAAAUACAAAACACUUUAAUGAGAAAAUCAAUUAUAUGGAAUUUUAUAUUAUAAUAAUGUAAGACAGAAUUUAAAAUGUUUCAUUUUAGUAAACAUAAUAUUUUGUAUAAUUUUAUAUCGAGUGCUUAAUUAUUAUCGAUAAAACAGCCCUAGCUCAAUUUAGAGACCAAACAUGGUUACCGGAAGCCUCAAAAAUAUUUACUUGCCACAUAUCCUCUAUUAUUUAUGUAUCUAAGGUAUUACUAUUAUCUAUGUCAGAAGGAUGUUUAUUGUUUUGGAUUUGGAAGAGUUUGGAAGUAUUUAAUAAUCUGUGAUGUUUUGCUUACAAAAUAAAUAGGAAUUGCUGAAUUUUGAUUGUUCCUUUUCUUUUCAUCUUCAUUUCAUAAUUUUCAUCUAUUUUAUGAGCAGCUUUCCGUGGAACCAAGGAGAGUAAUCUUGAGUAGGUACGGCGCAAAAGGAAACGCCACAGUGCCACGUUACAAAAACUACUGCUUCACUACAUUACAAAAAGCGGUAUAAUGAAUGGUAGUUAAAUAUUUGUAUUUUGUAACCACUGUGCAUACAUUAAGGAUAUCGUGAGCGGUUGCUAUGCGUUGCGUGUACGUGUUACAUUAGCGAGUGGCUGCAAUUGCGCACGGACGUUUAUUGACCAAUUUAAAGGUGGCAGAUGCCAUACAAUAUCUGAGCAAUCAAUUUGAGUUCGUUCGUCGCCAUGUUCUCGUUCAGUCGCAGCGCGUCCUACAGCGGCGUCGUGAGGCGCGCGCUGCUGGCGCCAGGGCUGCGGGCGCUCGCGUGGCGCGGCGCCCCCGCCGGUUGCCACACUGGCUCGCCGCAGACGGCGCCGCCCGAGCCGCCUCUGCUGGACUUGCACGGCCGCACGCACGACUACCUGCGCAUCUCGCUGACGGAGCGCUGCAAUCUGAGAUGCCAGUACUGCAUGCCGGCCGAGGGCGUGCGGCUCAGCGCGCGCGCGGCGCUGCUGACGCGCGACGAGCUGCUGCGCCUGGCGCGCGUGUUCGCGGCGCUGGGCGUGCGCAAGCUGCGCCUGACGGGCGGCGAGCCCACGCUGCGCGCCGACCUGCCCGAGCUGGUGCGCGAGCUGCGCGCGCUGCCCGGCGUGCGCACCGUGGCCAUGACCAGCAACGGCGUGGCGCUGGCGCGCCGCCUGCCCGCGCUGCAGCGCGCCGGCCUGGACGCGCUCAACCUGUCGCUGGACUCGCUGCGCGCCGACCGCUACGAGCGCCUGGCGCGCCGCCCGGGCCUGGCGCGCGCGCUGGCCAGCCUGGACGUGGCGCUGCAGCUGGGCCUGCCGCGGGUCAAGGUCAACACGGUGCUGGUCCGCGGCUUCAACGAGGACGAGAUCUGCGACUUCGUGGAGCUCACGCGCGAGCGCGACAUCGACGUGCGCUUCAUCGAGUUCAUGCCCUUCGCCGGCAACGAGUGGCGCGACGCGCGCAUGGUGCCCGAGCGCGCGGCGCUGGACGCCGUGCGGCGCCGCUACCCCGCGCUGCGCCCCGCCGCGCCCGAGCCCUGCCGCACCGCCAGCCUGUGGCAGGCGCCGGGCCACCGCGGCCGCGUGGGCUUCAUCUCGUCCAUGAGCAAGCCGUUCUGCGGCUCCUGCAACCGCCUGCGCCUCACCGCCGACGGCAACCUCAAGGUGUGUCUGUUCGGCGAGGCGGAGGUCAGCCUGCGCGACGCGCUGCGCGCGGGCGCGGACGACGCGGCGCUGGCGCAGCUGGUGCGCGCCGCGCUGCGCCGCAAGCACAAGCAGCACGCCGCGGCGGGGCGGGCGACGCGCGCGGCGCGGGCGGGGCCGCUGCGCUCGUUCGCGCGCGGCAUGUGCUCGCUCACGCACGUGGACGCCGAGGGCGCGCGCAUGGUGGACGUGGGCGACAAGCCGGAGACGGCGCGCGCGGCCGAGGCCGAGUGCUGGCUGCGCGCGGCGCCGCACACGCUGCGCCUGCUGCGCGCCGCGCGCCUGCCCAAGGGCGACGCGCUGACGGUGGCGCAGGUGGCGGGCGUGCUGGGCGCCAAGCGCGCGGCCGAGCUGCUGCCGCUGUGCCACCCGCUGCCGCUGGCGCGCGCGCGCGUGCGCGUGCAGCUGCCGCCCACGGACGCGGGCCGCGUGCGCGUGCUGUGCGAGGUGGGCGCGCGCGCGCGCACGGGCGUGGAGAUGGAGGCGCUGGCGGGCUGCGCGCUGGCGGCGCUGGCGCUCUACGACAUGUGCAAGGCGGUGGACAAGCGCAUGGCGGUGGAGGGGCUGCGCGUGCUGCGCAAGUCGGGCGGCAGCAGCGACUGGCCCGCCGAGCCCGCGCCGCGCCUGCGCGCGCACGACACGUCGCCGCUGCGCCCCGGCGAGACCUACGCGCCCAGCGACGUCGUGCACUUCUAGCGCGCACGACACGUCGCCCCGACGAGGCGUGCACGCGCACGACACGUCGCCCCGGUACCUCAUGUACUAGGUACUGUACGACUUGGCGCUAUCCACUCGAAUUUAUUAUAAAAGUACAGUAAGUAAAAGUAGGUAAGUGUUAAAGUUAUUGAUAUUGUGAACGGUGCUACAUACGUCAUAUAAUGAUAUCACCUCCAAACGAUGUUGUGAUGACUGACAUAUAUUUUGUAUAGCUACAUUUACAGAGUAUUUUGUAUUUUUGAUAAUAUGUAGAUAGAGUAAAGUGCCGAUAUGCGGCGCUGGCAGCCGGAGCCAGCGCGUGUACGUUGCUGCGGCGCUGAGGGCUAAGGUGUAAAUUGUAAUUAAUGCAACACUUUUACUUUAAGUUUUACAUUCCAGUCACAGCAGACGACAUAUUUUUGGGUUGAAAUUAGGGUGUUGUUAAGUUUUUUUAUAUUUAAAUUAAUUGUGCAUGAAGUAUUGUGCGACACAAAAGAAUAGAUAAUUAUCAUUGAUAUUUUGUUCUUUAAUAGGUAAUAUUAUGUUCUUAAAAUAAUACUAUUAUCAAAAUUUUGUUGAAAAUAAUAUUAUUAUCUUAUAUAAAUUUAGGAAAUACUUACUAGCACCGAAGUAAACAUCAUGCUAAGGUACUAAGAUAGCUGAUUGCAUGGUUUACAUUUAUUAAAUUUAAAUAAAUAAAUUCAAGCCAAUCUCAUCUGAAUAAAUUAUAUUUAUUGUAAUUCGUCUGGUAAUUGUCCGAUUUUUCAGUAUAAUUUUAAUAAUAUGAUAGAACUAUCAAUAACAAUAAUGAUUGUUUGCUCUUUAACGACGGAUUGUUGUGACAAUGACAGUAGUGUGGUGUUGCCACAGCGAGGUCAUUUAGUUUUAUUACCUUGUACUCUUCUAUGUCGCACUAUAAUAAUAAUAAUAAUAAUUUGAUUAAGAUCUGACUCACACAUUGACAUACAUUUUGCGAUUGCUCUUCGUCGCCUCACCUAACAAGUAACAUUGAGUACAAUAAUGGGGUAGUUGACUCAAUACAAUAAUGGGGUAGUUGUAUCAAAUUUAAUAUAAACAAUAUUAAUUUCGCAUAGUACAUGGAAUAACGGUCCGAAAUAUAUCGAUAUUGAUUAAUUAAAGUUAACGAUUUUUUAUUAAAUUUAAUUAAAAAAAUUAUAUAUUUAUUAAAGAAGAUGGUCCAAAAUUGUAUCGAGCUCAGGAUCAGUCAUUGUACCCUGGCGGAAAUAAAAGAAAAUAUUUUUUUAAACUAUUUUUGAAUAAACAAAUCUAUGAAUUUACUUUAGUUCUUUUGAAAUAAUAUUCAUUCUCUCCCAAGAUAUGCAACACUUAAAUGGGUAAUAAUGGCGGAUUGAUGACGUUUUCAAUGCAAUAGUCUAUUUGACGUUUGCUGUUAAUUGUCAUGUCAUAGUUACCUUCUUUAUAUAACUCAAAUACUUGGGUUUUUAUUUUAAAUAUUUCCUUUUAUUUAGUUACAUUUAUUUAUUACUAGCGGACGCCCGCAACUUCGUCCGCGUGAAAGUCGUUGUAAACUUUCAACUACCCCUAUCCUACCCUACCCUAUCCCAACCCUACCCCUACCCUACCACGACCCUACCUUACCCCUGCCCUACCCUUACCCUACACUACCGCUACCAUACCCCUACCCUACCCCUACCCUACUCAUUAAGGCUGCACUUCUUUAUUUAUUCCUCCCACCGCGAGUCGCGUCGAGCCGUUACACAAAAAUAAUCCAUAUAGCAUGAAUUAGUAUUCACGCGCGAUGGCUUAGCAUAUUUCUUGUAUAACUUUGGUGUUUCUUUACCGAUUUUUAUGAUUCUUUUUUUAUUGAAUAGGUUAUAAUGUUAACUUUCUUAUUAAGGAUGAGUGAUGAGUGUUAUAAACAUAAGAGUAGACAAAUAUAAUUAGAAAGCUCCGAACUGCUAAGCUAUUGGGAGUUACACGUGUUAUUGUGAGUCAACCAUAAAAGGUAGACAUAUAUAUGCUCUUGUGUUUUUAUAGAUAAUUUUAAGGAGAACAUUUCCGUCAUACAUGAUUUCUAUGUAGCUUUAACCAUUAAGGCUGUACACGCGACGGAAGCUUAAAAAAUUGAAUAACUUCUCCCGUUUUCUCAACAUUUCUCUUCACUGCUCUGCUCCUAUUGACCAUAGCGUAAUGAAAAGUAUACUAUAACCUGCCCAGGAGUAUGUUGAAUAAUUGUACCAAGUUUUGUUAAAAUCCGUCCAGUAGUUUUCGUUUCUAUAAAGAACAUACAGACAGACAGACAGACAAAAAUUUUACUGAUUGCAUUUUUGGCAUCAGUAUCGAUCACUAAUCACCGCCUGAUAGUUAUUUUGGAAAUAUAUUUCAUGUACAGAAUUGACCUCUCUACAGAUUUAUUAUAAGUAUAGAUUUUUUAUUAUUUAGAUUUUUAAUAAAAUCCUUAUAUUUUUUUAAAUUUUAAUGGUGGGGUACAAGAGUGGACCUGAAAUAGACCAUCUUCUUUUCCAAAUGUCAAAAACGCUGUCAUCCAUUUUGUGACGUCAUACAGUUAUUUGAUGUACUAAACGUCAAAAUUGAUAACAUACAUUUUUGUCAAAUGCUCCGUUUGUAAGGGAUUUGUUAAUGUGACGUCAUGAAACAGUUGAAAUAUAGACCGUCAUGGCCGACAGGCGUUUUGGCUCAUAUUGUCAAAAAAAUAUUUAAAAAUUUUGAUUUUCAUCUAAUCACGUCUUGAAAAAAUAUGAUAUUUUUUUUUCAUUCUACUAAAACGAUAAUCUAUACUUAUGAACAAUAUACGACCACUUAAAAAAAAGAGUCAGCUAGCCAACUGUACACGUCGGUGACGCACAAGUUGAGUAUUCAUUUAUUUAGUGUACAGCGGGAGAGCAACCAAUUUUUAUAAAAUAUAAUUAUUUGUGUUGCACGCUGCGAAUGCAUAACCAAUCGAGUACUUGCUGUGAAGCAACUCAAUGAAACAUUGUAAUGUUUUCACUACAUUUGUGUUAUGAAAAUAAACAACAAUUUUAAUUAAAAA